CAUAUUGCCUAAAGGAAAAAGCAUUUGAUUGUAGUGAGUACACUCAAGUGAUUUUUGCUGACACAUUGAAUAUGACAACAUAAAAUACCAUCAAAGGGGAGAAUUCAUCACAGGAAGUGCUCCUACACCACCGCGAAUGCACGAACAGGCCUCUCUAUAUAAACAGCACUUACCACUGCAAAUGUAGAACAGCAAGACUUUAGACAGAAGACAUCAGAAAAAAAAAACAGGUCAAAUGAAUGCAACUAUGUCAUCAGCGCUAAACAUCCAGUUCCUCAUGGUGGCUUGUAUGAUGGGGCUCGUUUUAAUUUCAUUCGGAGCUGAGGGGGCUCCGUCAAAACAUCCUCAGAAGAAAGGAAACCACAGGUCAUCAGAAGAAUCGGAGCCAUCAUCGUCAUACCGCUUGAUCUUGGAUUCCGAGUUCAAAUCCUCAGCCAACCCAAUCCGUCCGAUAAACAACGACUCAAUCUCUCCAUGGACCUACACGUAUGUGGAUGAUGAGAGCCUGUUCCCUUCUAGCAUCGCCGUAGCCAAGUGUUCGCUGACUGGAUGUUUGAUAGAUGGCGAGGACCAGGACUACCAGUCCACACCAAUUUACACCCAAAUCAUGGUUUUGAGGAAGAUAAAAGGAGAAAAGCACAGCUAUUCCUUGAAACUUGAGUACAAAACCAUCGCAGUAGGAUGCACCUGCGUUCGUCCAUACGUACAACAAAUUUAAAAUGAGGGAGCUGAUGGAGUUUACAAUAACGUAGAUGAUCAUUAGUGUUACAGUAUUACAAAUCCUUAUGACUUUAUAAUUUAUUUAUGGUAUCAUGUUCAAAAUGUAGGCUAUUUAUUUAUUUAAGGUUGGUUUUUUUCAUCAUCAUACCAGCUGAUAUUUGGAUAAUGAGUUUUACUCUUCAUCUAAUAAUCUAAUUUAUUAAUGUCAUUAUACAUGUGCUUUCAAAGGUUAUUUAUUGUCAUU